UUGGGCUUUCAUCAAACAUAGAGCCCAAAAGGAAAUAUUGCCAUCACUCGGACUUCUUUUGGAUCUGCUGCAGCCACUUCUAAUUCAGUUCGCAACGCAUGGUAGCAUUUACGACACCGUUUUGGGAGCAUUGUUUGGAUUACGUUUGUCAUCCUCUCGUCGGUGAACUUAUUCUCACUCGUUUCUCCUUCUCCUCUUCUGCUCAGCUCUUUUCGAUUUGAAUAAUGGCUUCUUCAUCACUUUGUGCUUCCAACAUUCCAAUUUCGAUUUCCGAUUUGAAUAAAACGAAUGCCAGAAAACUUCCAUUUUCUUCUCAGUUUUUCGGCUCUUCAUCUCUCAGUUUAUCCUCAAACCAAACACUCUCUCUACAGUUCCUGAACAGAAAGCAAACGCUGCCCCUUACUACCUCACCACGCACUCUUACAGUCUUUGCCAUGGCUCCCCCUAAACCCGGUGGAAAACCCAAAAAAGUGGUUGCGGUAGUGAAGUUGGCUCUGGACGCCGGGAAGGCUACUCCUGCGCCGCCGGUGGGCCCCGCAUUGGGUGCCAAGGGUGUGAAUAUAGCGGCAUUCUGCAAGGACUACAAUGCACGCACUGCCGAUAAGGCUGGCUACGUCAUUCCAGUUGAAGUUACGGUUUACGAUGAUAGAAGCUUUACUUUUAUCUUGAAGACUCCACCUGCUUCUGUUUUGCUGAUGAAAGCUGCUGGUGUGGAGAAAGGUUCAAAAGACCCUAAGCAGGAAAAAGUAGGGAAGGUGACAAUCGACCAACUCCGAACAAUUGCACAGGAAAAACUGCCUGACUUGAAUUGUUCGAGUUUGGAGUCAGCUAUGAGAAUUAUAGCAGGCACUGCAGCUAAUAUGGGUAUUGAUGUCGACCCUCCUAUACUUGAGCCUAAAAAGAAGGAACUAGUAUAGGUUUUGCUAGUCUAUUGGCCUCUAUUUAGUUUUUUGCUCUGUAUGUUUCAU